AUGGCUUCAUACGGGUCACAGCCAUACCCGUACCCUACCGCCGUGGACCCGAAAUAUGCGGCACCUCCCGUUGACGUCAGACAGCUGAUGGCUGAUAUGGCAGGCAUGAACAAUGAAGCCGUGAGCUUACUGGAGCACAUGCGGAAUCAGAUGAGGGAGAUGGUCCAGACUGGUCUCACACCGGGGCGUAUUCCUGCCGUGCCUGAGAGCUCGUCGCGGAACAUGCUGAAGGAGAGGAAGGAGGAGUUGAAGAAAAAGGAAGAAACUAAUAAUGACGAGCUUGCUCAAGCACAGGAGAGGCGUAAGGCUAUAAAGGAGGCGGAGGAGAAGAGGAUAGCUGACCAAGCGGCGGCUGCGAAGAAACUCGAUGAUGAUUUGGCGGCUACGAAGAAGCAAUAUGAGAAAAAGUGGGGGAAGAAUGCUGACCUAAGCCCUAGGACCUUAGCAUUGGCUAGUGCGAAUGAAGGGCGGACUGCGGCGGAAGCAGCAGUAAAACAGCAGGAGGAGGCUGAGCGGAAAGCGAAGGAAGAAGAGGAUAAAGCGAAGGCUUUCGAGAGGCGGGCGAGGAAAGUGGCUGGUGGUGGUGGUCGGGAGAAGAGUAGUGAAAGUAGCAGUGGAACUAAGAGCUCUGCCAAGGCGGCGCCUGAUGACAGUGAUGACGAAGAGGACAGUUCGGAUGAUAGUGGAGUCCUGUCUCGAGUGUUAGCCCGUGCUGAUGGUGAGGAUAAGGACUUGGCAGCCAAUGUCCAGAUGGCAGAGUUGAGGAGGCAUCAACAGGCUGAGAUCGAGAAGCAACAGAAUACCCUCAACGAGCAGCGACAGGCGAUUGAGGAGCAGAUGGCGCAGCUGAAGCGGCUUCAAGAGGAGAGCAAGACUCGGGCCAGUCAGCAGCCACAGCAGCAGCAGCCGGAGAAUUCAACUAGCGAGGAUGAGCGGGGAGAGGAAGGCACGGCCAACAAGUCUCUGCCGCCACCGCCGCCACAGCCUCAGCCGUAUCAAGCAUCGGGAGGAGCUUGGGUGGCGGGUAGACCUGCUGAUCGUGAAGAGUAUCUCCAGCAGCAACAGCAACAGCAGUCUAAGGGUGCGGUCCCUGUAGUGAGCGCUGUGUUGGUGCCACCGGGAAAAGUAGUCGGGCAGCAGCAGCAGCAGACUGGAGUGGCAGCACCGCUAUCCUAUGCUGCUGUAGCUAGUGGCGCCUCGAAUUCACCACGAUCUGGGUAUUCGGGGGCUCCGGCAACAGCAGCAGCAGGGUACUAUGGUCAAACGGGAUAUACCAUACCACAGGCACAAGUUCCAAUGCCCCCACCGAGGAAUCUCCGAGUGCCAACCCCCGAGCUCGCGAGAUCGCAGCAACAGCAGUCGGCACCGCAAGAAGGUGGACAGCAGGAGCAGCAGUACUAUGCUCAGCCAUCGCCGCCGCCGCAGUGGGUGUCGCAGAGGACACAAAGAGUUCCCAAGAUCACCACACCUUCGCCUCCUCCCCGUAAAGUGCCAAUUGUAGGGGCGAAGAAGUUGACGAGGAAGAGUAGUGUGACCUCUGAGCGCGCGCCCACUCAAACAGUACAGCCACCGCAGCAGCAGCCCACUGCCGCCCCUACUACUACUGAGGAGCCGACUAGAGUUCCCGGAAUCAGAAGGAAGCUGACCGGAAAUCUGAGCGCUGCUAAGGGGUGGCCCGCCGCGGAGACCUCGGCGCCGCCUGAUUCGUCGGAGUUCAAUUGCGCUACUGUUGUGGUCCGCAUGUCUAACGAACUGUCAUUGAACGACCUGGACGCUCAGUUGGCUGCCUUGGAAGGCUCAGAUGAUGGUGACAGUAGUAGCAGCAGCGAGGACGAGAAAUCUCCGGUGAAAGCGGUUCGGGAAGGAAAGAAAAGGAAACUAAAUGAUGAGGAGAAGGCUCAGGAAAAGUUGUCGAACAAAGUGUUGCGGAAAAAGAUGCGACAAGGCCUCUCGAAUUUGUGUUUCUCUUUUUUGACGGGAAAGUGCAAGUUCGAGGAGGGCGGCAAGUCUUGUCUGUUCAGCCACGUGAAGCCGGAAGAGAUGACUGCCGCUGAUAAGGCUGAGCUUAUCCGGGAACUUCGGCAUCGGAAGAAGUUCGAUCCGGCCCUGGCUAGAGUUGCGCAGAAUCUCAACAUUCCCAUGUGCCGUAUGUAUAAGAAGACUGGUCAAUGCAAGCAAGGGGAGAAGUGCAAAUUCUGGCACCUGAGGAACGAGCUGGACGCGCGGUGGAAAGGAAUGGAAUAUUGGUGUCAGACCUGUUUCCUUGGUUUCACAUCGGAAGACCAGCUGAAAGAGCACAGGAAUGGCAAGACGCACAAGGCGAAUGCCUCGUGGCAGCAAUAG